AUAGCCUUGACUAGAUGGACCUUUGUUGGCAAAGUAAUGUCUCUGCUUUUGAAUAUGCUAUCUAGGUUGGUCAUAACUUCCAAGGAGUAAGCGUCUUUUAAUGUGUACUCUUACACAUUAGUAGGCUCUUAAUAUGUUUGCUAAAUACAUACUAGCUGCUGCUUUUUCCCAGAUCUCAUCAGACUUCCAUAGAGACCUUGAACCUGAUCCCUUCCAGAAAACCAAAGAAUGACUCUACAGGGAAAUGAUUGCAAAUCCAGAAAGCAGUUUUGCCUUACGGGUAAAAACAGAUUUCUUUUCCUCGUAGUUUACUUUGGCUUAGGCUAGUGCCUCGUUCAUGGCAGACGGCUACUGUUUGCAACUGUCGUUAUCAUGUUUUUCCUUCCUUAUCUUCCAGUAUACUCUCUUCCUGUUGUUAAUUCUUUCAGUUUACUAAUGAAACCCACUUUAUAAGCUGUUGCAUUUUUCUUCGUCCAUGAGAUCCAUCUUACUGUGCUCUGGGUCAUCUCCAUAGCUUUGGCUUCUGUUUACCCGGGAGUUAGUUGUUCACAGGAAAAGAGAGAGAUGGUGGACACAGGUUGAGGACUAACUUAAUGAUUUCCUUCAUUUGGCAGUAAGCCUUAAUUAAGAUCCCCGUUGCAUGUUGUUGGAUUUACUCUGUGACCUUCUGGAACACAGUCUUGACUUAACACUGGGUGGAUAUAAAAACAGUAAGCCAAGAAAUUUGUGUUUCUCUGCACUGUAGCUGUUUGUUUAGCUGUAGAAAAUUUAGUGGGUGGUCCAGGCUUCACCACUGGUAAGACCAGAGCUGAGUUGGAAACUGGUUGUUGAAGGAGAGCGGUAGCAAUACUUGCAUUUCUUCCAUUUUAUCACAGUCUAGAAAUUAGUUCAUUGGGCAGGUUGAUCUUGUAGUAAUUUGUAUUUUCAUUUUCUCUCCAUCAAGUCAUUUAGUUUAAAUCUUAGAGCUACGCUCAUUGAAAGCUCUUCCUGACCCAUGAAAUGAAUAACAAUAAUGAUUGUCCCUGGAAACAAAGGCUUUAUUUGGCUUACUUUUGGAGUGGAUACAGAGAAAAACUGUAAUGUUAUAGAGUAGAUUUUUAUUUACUUUUUGAUUAUUCAUUUGAGUGAUCAUAACCUCUAACUGGUAUUUGUUUCUGACUUUUGUCAAUGUGUUCCCCAUAUGGGAAGGCAAAAGACCUGAAGUUGGUGCAGUCAACAUAUAAAAUGUAAUAAACUGCCCCACUAAUUACCACUUUCAUUGCCACCUUUAAAGUGAGAGUUUGUUAACCGGAUCACUAGUACUCUGCAACCUAAAGCCUAAAAAUGGUUCACCUUUACCAUAAACACAUAAGCCAAAAAUCACUUGGAUGCAGCAUGACACAGUGGUUGGCUCAGAAGCGCUAACUAGGAUCUUGGUUUGGCUGCUCCUAAGCUAUGUGACCUUGGGUUUCAGGAACCUGAUCUUGGUUUGGCUGCUUCCAAGCUGUGUAACCUUCUGCUACAUAUGAUGAUUGCAGAGUUUCUUCAUCGGGGUUGUGAAACUAGAUAAUAUAUACAAAGAGCUUAGAACAGUAUCUCACCCUGUAGGGAAAGUAGGGGAGAAACAAUGAGAGGAAAGGGGACAAGACAGUGAGGGGUGGGGAAGAGGAGAAGGGAGAGAAUGUUAGAGAAACAGUGGAAGGAUCUCAAAUAUAAAAUGGCUGUUUUUUAGUUUUUCAUGAGAAGAGUUACACAGGCAUGCCCAUAUGAUUUGGACAAACUUUGGUGUACAUCAGCAAAAGAUUGGAGCUUACACUGAGCCAGAGGUUCUACAGGUAUGGAUCUCUGGCAGCUGCUGUUGACCUUGGCAGUGGCAGGCUCCAGUGAUGCUUUUUCUGGGAGUGAAGCCACACCAGCUUUCCUUGUCAGAGCAUCUCAGAGUCUGCAGAUACUAUAUCCAGUCCUAGAGACAAAUUCUUCUGGGAAUCCUAAAUUCACCAAGUGCCGUUCACCUGAACUGGAGACUUUCUCAUGUCACUGGACAGAUGGGGCUAAUCACAGUUUACAGAGCCCAGGAUCUGUACAGAUGUUCUAUAUCAGAAGGGACAUUCAAGAAUGGAAAGAAUGCCCCGAUUACGUCUCUGCUGGUGAAAACAGCUGUUACUUUAAUUCGUCUUAUACCUCCGUGUGGACCCCCUACUGCAUCAAGCUAACUAGCAAUGGCGGUAUUGUGGAUCAUAAGUGUUUCUCUGUUGAGGACAUAGUACAACCAGAUCCACCCGUGGGCCUCAACUGGACUCUACUGAACAUCAGUUUGACGGAGAUUCAUGCCGACAUCCUAGUGAAAUGGGAACCACCACCCAAUACAGAUGUUAAGAUGGGAUGGAUAAUCCUGGAGUAUGAACUGCACUAUAAAGAACUGAAUGAGACCCAGUGGAAAAUGAUGGACCCUUUAAUGGUAACAUCAGUUCCGAUGUACUCGUUGAGACUGGAUAAAGAGUAUGAAGUGCGUGUGAGAACCAGACAACGAAACACUGAAAAAUAUGGCAAGUUCAGUGAGGUGCUCCUGAUAACAUUUCCUCAGAUGAGCCCAUCUGCAUGUGAAGAAGAUUUCCAGUUUCCAUGGUUCCUAAUUAUUAUCUUUGGAAUACUUGGGCUAGCAGUGACAUUAUUUUUACUCAUAUUUUCUAAACAGCAAAGGAUUAAGAUGCUGAUUCUACCCCCAGUUCCAGUUCCAAAGAUUAAAGGAAUUGAUCCAGAUCUCCUCAAGGAAGGAAAAUUAGAAGAGGUGAAUACAAUCUUAGCCAUUCAUGACAACUAUAAACACGAAUUCUACAAUGAUGACUCUUGGGUUGAAUUUAUUGAACUAGAUAUUGAUGACCCUGAUGAAAAGACUGAAGGGUCAGACACAGACAGACUUCUGAGCAAUGACCAUGAAAAAUCACUCAAUAUCUUUGGGGCAAAGGAUGAUGACUCUGGGCGUACCAGCUGCUAUGAACCUGACAUUCUGGAGGCUGAUUUCCAUGUCAGUGACAUGUGCGAUGGUACCUCAGAGGUUGCUCAGCCACAAAGGUUAAAAGGGGAAGCAGAUAUCUCGUGCCUUGAUCAGAAGAAUCAAAAUAAUUCACCUUCUAAUGAUGCUGCCCCUGCUAGCCAGCAGCCCAGUGUUAUCCUAGUAGAGGAAAACAAACCAAGACCACUUCUCAUUGGUGGAACUGAGUCAACUCAUCAAGCUGUCCAUACACAGCUCAGCAAUCCAAGUUCAUUGGCAAACAUUGAUUUUUAUGCCCAGGUAAGCGACAUUACACCAGCAGGGAAUGUGGUCCUUUCCCCAGGCCAAAAGAAUAAGACUGGGAACCCCCAGUGUGACACGCACCCAGAAGUGGUCACACCCUGCCAAGCUAACUUCAUCGUGGACAACGCUUACUUCUGCGAGGUAGACGCCAAAAAGUACAUUGCCCUGGCCCCUCACGUCGAGGCUGAAUCACACGUAGAGCCAAGCUUUAACCAGGAAGACAUUUACAUCACCACAGAAAGCCUUACCACUACAGCCGGGAGGUCGGGGACAGCAGAACAUGUUCCAAGUUCUGAGAUACCUGUCCCAGAUUAUACCUCCAUUCACAUAGUACAGUCUCCACAGGGCCUCGUACUCAAUGCGACUGCCCUGCCCUUGCCUGACAAAGAGUUUCUCUCAUCAUGUGGCUAUGUGAGCACAGACCAACUGAACAAAAUCAUGCCAUAGCUUUUCUUUGAUUUCCCAUGAGCUACCCAUUGAAUGGCACAGGGUUGGCUGGGGCAUGAAUGCUUAAACCAAAACAAUGUUUAAACUUUUUUUGGGAGGGGGGGUGAGUUGAGGGUGGGGAAUAUGAAUUCUAAAUGCCUUUUCCAGAAAUGUUGAAACAUUAUAUUAAAAAAAGAAGAAGAAUCCUUAAUCAGAUAAAUAUUCCUGUUGUGAAUUGUAAAUACUUUAAAGAACUGUCUCAAAGACAGUUUAGUGGCAGUAAUUGUCUUGUUAUUGUGGGUGUUAAUUUUGUGCUACUAAGCAUUGAAUGGCUAUGUUUUUUAAUGUAUAGUUAAUCAUGCUUUUUGAAAAAGCGAAAAAUCAGGUGGCUUUUGCAGUUCAGGAAGAUUGCAAAUUAUAGCACAGGAUAAUUUUUUUUAAUAAUUGGGAACUAAAAUUAUAGGUAAGAAGACAAGAAAUAGUUUGGAUAUGUAAAACAUUUAUUUUGGCAUAAAAUGGAUAAAGAUAUUUUUAAUAAUUUACACUUUAAGCAUGGCUAUUUUAUAUUACACUGUAAAUGGUGUACUGUAGUUCAUGCCAACCCAUCUAAAGAAUGUAAUAACUGCAGUCUAAAGCUGGUUUAAUGCUUUGGUCAAUGCACCUGAAGAAAAACUAGUUUUUUACAAGGCCCUUUUUAUACCUCCUAAAACUCUUUAAGUGAUUCUGAAAUGAUUGUAGUUACCUGCAUUAUUGGAAAGUGCUCAUCUUAUCUGAAUUUGUAAACAAAUAUUUGUUAAUUUAGAAAACUUUUAAAUGUUUGCACAAGUCAACUUACCAUGAACCAAAAAAAACAAAACACACAUACAGAAGAAUAACAACAACAAAAAAACCUUUUCUUACCCAAGUUUUGGUUCACGUCAGAGGGCUACAUACUAAGAGAAGUAGAAAUUACAGCUUGUUCCUAUUGACCAGGAUGCUUAAUCACUGCAGUGCCCUGGAAAAAAAGUGUCUUAGUGCAUGCAUAUCAUAAGAGUCAAGCCUUAGAACUUCCACCGCAAUGUCUCGUAUUUCAUAUUUAUCUAAGGAAGGAAUAGGAACAAGAAGCAUUUUGUAAGUUGAAGCUGGUCAAAGUGAAGUUAACCAGAUCAUGGAAUAAAAGUUCAAGAAGUAGGUUUUUCUUUCAUAGCCUAUAGCCAGACACAUGCUCAUUGUUAGUGAUAAUGAGAAACAAACCAAAAAAAAAAAAAAAAAAAAAACCAAGAUUUUAAAUCCUGAAAGAUAACUCAAAAAUUUAUUUAAACCCAUAGCAGAAACUUUCUUCCUCACCACAUCUUUUAUAGGAUUUAUUUAGAGCAGUAAAAUGAGUUUCAUCAUUUUUUACCUCCUGAGUGAAUUGGCCUUAAAGCUGGUAGUUAGAAGAAAAUGAGGUCUGAGUAAUUUAUAAGUUAUUGUUCAAUCCCUGAAUAAAUUAAACAUCAUUCACAGGAGCAUUGGGAUUGCUCCGCAAAAGGUUUGUCAAAAAGAGAAGACUCAUCUCACUCAUGAAUGCUUCUCACUUUAAGUAUUUUUUUAAAGUUAAUAAAACUUUAAAGUUAGCUUUAACUUAAAAAGCAUAUUUGCCAUUUAGCUCAGACCUUUUUAGAAAAUAAGCUUAAUGGUUGGUAAUUUUAAAUUCCUUCUUUCUUGCAGGAAGGACAGUGAAAAACUAGAAUUGGGUGUUUAAAGUUCAAUAUGUUACUUGUAAUAAAUGUUCAAUAGGUUUUCUGCUAUCUUGCUGCUAUGGUUUUCUCUAAGAGCUACAUAAUUUAGUUUCAUAGACAAUUUCAUCUAUGUAGAACCUAAUUCAACUUAAAACUGUGUGUUUGGGGAAACUAUCUUACCAUUUCACAGUAGGCUGACAACAUUUCUAUAGCCAAAAAUAGCUAAAUACCUCAAUCGGUCUCCGAAUGUCAUUUUGGUACUUUGCUGGCCACACAAGCCAUUAUUCACUAGUAUGACUAGUUGUGUCCUGCAGUUUAUAUUUAACUUUCUUUAUGUCUGUGGAUUUUUUUCCUUCAAAGUUUAAUAAAUUUAUUUUCUUGGA